GAUGGCUCCCGCGACCGUCUCCGCGCCGGAGCGGCUCAGGGAUGCGAGCAGCUGCUGAACCGCUGCCCCCCCCCCGGACCUCCCGCACCGCCCUGCCGGACCUGCACCCGCAUGCCGCGGAGGAGCCGCUAACGCCCGCCUAGGCAGCUCCAGCCCCGCUGUUCGGAGUGGUUUUCGUGCAGUAGCGUCGAAGUGUCCGUCGGUCCGGGUCGAGGUUGAGGUUGAGGCUGAGGCGGGGAGGGAGGGUUGGGGGGGCGGCCGGGCCGAAAUGGCCGAGCCGAGAAAAGUGCAGUUUGUCACCCUGUCGGCCUUCAACGCCGGGGCGGCCGCGGACCCAAAGAGACGCCGCCUGGAGGACGAGGGCUCCGCCGGGGGCUCCGCCGCCUCCGCCGGGGACCGGGACGGGGGCUCCGCCGCCUCCGCCGCCUCCGCCUGCUCCGCCGGGGACCGGGCGCUCCGCCGGGCCACCGUGCGGCUCCGCCUGUCCCUGCCCGAGCCCGACGACCGCUGCUCCGCGGAGUUCAACUACAGCGAGCUGGUCCAGAACCUCCAGGUAAAGAAUAAUGCGCCAGCCAAUAACCUCACCGAUCCCAACGAUCCCUUCAAUGAUGAGGAGAGAGAGCGGCUCCAGGUCGAAGGCCUGGCAAAAAAGUUUGAAGCUAAAUACGGAGGUGCAGUAAAGAAGAAGAAGAAGGACAGAAUGCAGGAUUUGGUUGAUAUUGGUUUUGGCUAUGAUGAGACGGACCCCUUUAUAGAUAACACAGAAGCUUACGACGAGCUGGUGCCGGCGUCGCUGAACACCAAGCUGGGGGGGUUUUACAUCAACACGGGGACGCUGCAGUUCAGGACGGCGUCCGACUCGGAGGGGGACGAGGACAAGCUGAACAAUGACACGGAGCUGGUGAUGAAGAAGAGGAAGAAGAAGGAAGUGAACAACCUGGAAGAGAAGAACCUGAAUAACAACAAAGCUCUAAAACAAGGAGUGACGGCGCUGAACCGGCCUGAGAAGAAGAAGAGGAAGAAGCUGAUGAAGGACUCUCUGUACCUGGCGUCGAUGCUCCGCCGCUUCGCCCGGGAGAAGGAGGAGUUGAGGAAACGGACCCCCAACAUGGCCGCCGUCGGCCUGGCGGGGGGCGCGGCCAGCAAACCCCACGGCGGCGAUUCGGCGAGCCUCCCGUUGGCGCCCGCCGCCGCCCAGCCGCAGGACAACGCAACCGCUAACGACCUCUCGCUGGCAGACCUCACCUCGGACCCCGCCGUGAUGUCACUGCUGGGCUCGGCCAAUGAGAAGCAGCUCCAGGAUCUCCUGGGGGACCUGGACUUCGGCCUGGUGGACAAUGACCAGCAGCACGUCAUGGUGGCGGCCAGGGAGAACGGCAUCCUGGGAGUUGGAGUCCCCGCUCAUAAAGCGGCGGCGGGAGGCCCGGGGCCCUCGGGCGGACUCUUCUCCCCGCCGCCGCUGCCCGACAGGCUGCCGGCGCCGCUCAUGAAACGCAUCGAGGACCUGCGGGCGGCCUCGCGGCAGUUUGAUCAGGAGGGCAGGAAGAAAUUUUUCACCCUGGACAUGAAUAACAUUCUCCUGGACAUCGAGCUGCAGGUGCAGGAGCAGCCCCCGGACGUUCGCUCGGCCGUCUACUGCCACAUGGAGGCGUUUGUGCCGUGCAACAAGGAGGCCCUGCUCAAGCGGCUGAAGAAGCUCAGCAUCAACAUCCAGGACGACCGGCUGCGGGCGCCGCUGCUGAAGCUGAAGCUGGCCGUGUGCAGCGUGAUGCCGGAGCAGAUCACACGAUACGACAUGGCCAAGGCUGCAAAGCAGCAGUCGGAAGAAGGCGAUAAGAACGGCUCGGAGGAGGAGGACGAGGAGAAACCCGGGAAAAGAGUGAUGGGUCCUCGGAAGAAGUUCGUCUGGGACGACAAGCUCCGGAACCUGCUGUGCUGCCUCGUCCGGGUGAAGCUCAGCUGCUACGAGAUGGAGAAGCAGGUCUCUCUGUCGGUGGAGGAUUACCUAAAGGCCUUCCUGGACAACGAGGUCAAACCGCUGUGGCCCAAAGGCUGGAUGCAGACCAGGAUUUUAUUCAAGGAGAGUCUCGUCGUUCACAAUCACCUCACUGGAAACCUAGUCAAGAGGCGAGUUCUUCCUGGACCAAAGGCCAAAGCCAAGGACGGUCUCUGGAUCCACAAGCCUCUGCUCACCCUGACCUCGGCGCCCCCCCUGCUCGGCGCCGGCCCGGCCCAGCGGCCGCUGACCUCGUCCUCGGAGCCCAUCUGCCUGUCGGACUCUCUGGACGAGGACCUGACGGCGCCGACGCUGGACUCCAUCAGCCACGCGCUGACGCUGCUGGGCCACGGCUCCAAGGGGCUGGGCCUGGCCGACAGCCCGCUGUCGCCGCCCCCGCUGCAGAUGCCCACGUCCUCCCCGCCCCCCGUCGCCCCCCACUACCCCUCCGCGUCUCCGCUGUCCUCGCCGCCGCCGCCGGCCGUGGUGACCACGACGUCUGCAGGGAGCCCGUCGCCCACGACGACCAUGCUGCUGAGCAGCCCCCCCGCUACCUCCGCCUCCUCGUCCCGGGGGGUGUCGUCCCUGGCCCGGGUGCAGCCCGCCGGCCUGAUGUUGGCCUCCUACGGCCCGGCCAAGGCCGGCGGUGCCGCCGGCCAGGCCCAGAACCAGAGACAGGUCGCCAUGGCGACGCCCAACCACAGGCCCGGCGCGCUGAUGGGCAAGCUGCACUCGCUGCACUCGCAGCACUCGCAGCCCUCCCCGCCGCCGGCCAAGCAGCGGCCCCCCCCCACGGCCUCCCCGCUGCUGCCCCCCCACCAGAGGGGCAUUCUGGGAGUUAUGGGCGGCGGCGGCGCGGUUCUGACCAAGAGCGGCGCCAAGUCGGCCAGCAGCAGCAACGGCGGCGGCGCGGCGCCGUUCUCGUCCUCACAGUCCCGCGCCAACUCUACCUCCCUGCACGGCCUGCAGGCCUUCUGCCCCGCCUCCCCGGCAGGCUCCGCCCCCAACGCCCACGUCGCCCAGCCCAAGGCCCCGCCCACCCAGCCCAAGGCCCCGCCCCCUCAGGCCAAGGCCCAGCCCAACUUCAUCACGCCCAUGCAGGCCACGCUCACCAAGUCCCACAGCAGCAACUCCUCCCCCAUCAUCAAGCUGACGCCGCGGCCGCCGGCCCCCACGCCGCCGCCCUCCCCCUCGCCGUCCUCCUCCCCCUCCCACCAGCUCAUCAACCCCGGCACGCAGCAGUUCUCCGCCAAAACCCCCAAGGCCUUCCGGCCGCCCUUCAGCGCCGCCGCCGGCCCGGCCAAGACCACGCAGAGCGGCUGCAGCUUCGCCGGCGCCCACAAACCUCAGUCCGGCGUCAUCAUCACCGCCUCCAACAGCAAAGCUCUGGCGGCCGCCUGCAGCCUCGCCAACAAUCUCCCGCCACCGUCGUCGUCCUCCGCGUCGGCCAAUCACGCGGCGAGGCAGAGGGCGGUGGGCGGGGCCAACCAGGGCUCCAAGGCGGGAAACGGCUGGGUGGCGUCAGGAGCGCUGAGCACGACGUCCACGACGCCGCACCUCUCACAGGUAACGACCACCUCUCCGUUGCUGAGCAACCACUCGGCGCUGCCGCUGGGCUUCGGCAUGCUGGGAGGUUUGGUUCCCGUCUCGCUGCCCUUCCAGUUCCCCUCGCUGCUGAACUUCAGCACUCCCGGAGCGCCGGGAACCUCCGGCAGCUCCAACUCAGGAUACCCGCUAGCACAGAGCGAUCUGAUGGAUCUGUACAAGAGUCUCCAGUCGGGGUCGCAGGCUGCCCUACCUCCUCACUUGCAGCUUGCUUUCUCAGAUGCAAACCAAAGCCAGGGCGGAGACGUGAAGAGGAAAAGCCACUGACCAACGGGAGCGCGGGGGCGGCGGCCAGGAUCCCUCCUGGACCCGUCCUCCGACGGGACACGUCCCUCCGGCCCAGCGACUGGACGCUGCGGUACGACGGGGCGGAGCUAACGGACCUAACGGAGACCCGUCUCGGCUCGGACGGCCC